GAGCCCGCGGGGGCCGCGGACGACGCAUGCGCCGCCAGGGAGCGCAAUCACGGGCCGCGCUCGCGGCUGCCGGCUCCGAGAGGAAACCCCGCGGGCGAGAGCGCGGAGGAAAUCUGGCCGCCGACGCGUGCGCGCUCCCGCGAAGGCAGAGCACAAGAAGAAAGUUUUGCAGUCAUUGGUGAUAUGACUAUUACGCUGAUCCCCCAAAUCAAACUAAAGCCGCUGAAACUUAGAAGCUGAUUCUGUCACAGUUUAAGAUGCCUUUGGAAAAUUCUGCAUUCUUCUUAGAUGAAUCUUUAGAACUUGUGGAUAAAUCUUGAGUAUCCUUUUGAUGAAAUUUUAUGAAGUCAAUGCUCGUUUAACCAAUACCAAGAUCAAGAUAUAGAAUACUUUCAUCAACCUAGGAGCCUCCUUCAUGCCCCCGACAGUCAACACACAUUUCUGAAGAAUUCUGAGACUGAUGGUCAGCCAUAUAGAAGAAUACAUUGAACCUAUAGUUUUCUGAAGAAUCAGUUCAAAAGAGCCAAAAAAAUACAAAAGGAGAAGUACAAAUGUCUACCACAAGACGAAAACGUAAUAUGUUAUGUUGUUUACCGUAAGCUGUAGUAAAAUGAGCUCGAUUGUUGACAGAGAAGAUGGUAGUAUUUUUGAUGGGUUGGUGGAAGAAGAUGACAAGGACAAAGCAAAAAGAGUAUCUAGAAACAAAUCUGAAAAGAAACGUAGAGAUCAAUUUAAUGUUCUCAUUAAAGAACUGGGAUCCAUGCUUCCUGGUAAUGCUAGGAAGAUGGACAAAUCUACUGUUCUGCAGAAGAGCAUUGAUUUUUUACGAAAACAUAAAGAAAUCACUGCACAGUCAGAUGCCAGUGAAAUCCGACAGGACUGGAAACCUACAUUCCUUAGUAAUGAAGAAUUUACACAAUUAAUGUUAGAGGCUCUUGAUGGUUUUUUUUUAGCAAUCAUGACAGAUGGAAGCAUAAUAUAUGUGUCUGAGAGUAUAACUUCAUUACUUGAACAUUUACCAUCUGAUCUUGUGGAUCAAAGCAUAUUUAAUUUUAUCCCAGAAGGGGAACAUUCAGAAGUUUAUAAAAUGCUCUCUACUCAUCUGCUGGAAAGUGAUUCCUUAACCCCUGAAUAUUUAAAAUCAAAAAAUCAAUUAGAAUUCUGUUGUCAUAUGCUUCGAGGAACAAUAGACCCAAAGGAGCCAUCUACCUAUGAAUAUGUGAAAUUUAUAGGAAAUUUUAAAUCCUUAAACAGUGUAUCCACUUCAGCACACAAUGGUUUUGAAGGAACUAUACAACGCACACACAGGCCAUCUUACGAUGAUAGAGUUUGUUUUGUAGCUACUGUGAGAUUAGCUACACCUCAGUUCAUCAAGGAAAUGUGCACUGUUGAAGAACCUAAUGAAGAGUUUACAUCUAGACAUAGUUUAGAAUGGAAGUUCCUAUUUCUAGAUCACAGGGCACCACCUAUAAUAGGAUAUUUGCCAUUUGAAGUUCUGGGAACAUCAGGCUAUGAUUACUAUCAUGUGGAUGACCUAGAAAAUUUGGCAAAGUGUCAUGAGCACUUAAUGCAAUAUGGGAAAGGCAAAUCAUGUUAUUAUAGGUUCCUCACCAAGGGACAGCAGUGGAUUUGGCUUCAAACUCAUUAUUACAUCACUUAUCAUCAGUGGAAUUCAAGGCCAGAGUUUAUUGUUUGUACUCACACCGUAGUAAGUUAUGCAGAAGUUAGGGCUGAAAGACGACGAGAACUUGGCAUUGAAGAGUCUCUUCCUGAGACAGCUGCUGACAAAAGCCAAGAUUCUGGGUCUGAUAAUCGUAUAAACACAGUCAGUCUCAAGGAAGCCUUGGAAAGGUUUGAUCACAGCCCAACCCCGUCUGCUUCCUCCCGGAGUUCAAGAAAAUCAUCUCACACAGCAGUCUCAGACCCUUCCUCAACACCAACAAAGAUCCCAACGGACACUAGCACUCCUCCCAGACCACAUUUACCAUCUCAUGAAAAGAUGGCGCCAAGGAGGGCAUCAUUUAGUAGUCAGUCCAUAAAUUCCCAGUCUGUUGGUCAGUCGUUAACACAGCCAGCGAUGUCUCAAGCUGCAAAUUUACCAAUUCCACAAGGCAUGUCCCAGUUUCAGUUUUCAGCUCAACUAGGAGCCAUGCAGCAUCUAAAAGACCAAUUAGAGCAACGAACACGGAUGAUAGAAGCAAAUAUUCAUCGACAACAAGAAGAACUAAGAAAAAUUCAGGAACAACUUCAAAUGGUCCAUGGUCAAGGGCUGCAAAUGUUUUUACAACAAUCAACCCCUGGUUUGAAUUUUGGUUCUGUUCAACUUUCUUCUGGAAAUUCAUCUAACAUCCAGCAACUCGCACCUAUAAAUAUGCAGGGCCAGGUCGUUCAAACUAACCAAAUUCAAAGUGGAAUGAAUACUGGACACAUUGGCACAACUCAACAUAUGAUACCACAGCAGACUUUACAGAGUACAUCAAGUCAGCAGAGUCAACAAAAUGUACUGAGUGGGCACAGUCAGCAAACUUCUCUUCCCAGUCAGACGCAGAGCACUCUCACAGCGCCGCUCUAUAACACUAUGGUGAUCUCUCAGCCGGCAGCCGGAGGCAUGGUCCAGAUUCCAUCCAGCAUGCCGCAGAACAGUACCCAGAGCGCCGCAGUAACUACAUUCACUCAGGACAGACAGAUCAGAUUUUCUCAAGGUCAGCAGCUCGUGACCAAAUUAGUAACUGCGCCUGUAGCUUGUGGGGCAGUGAUGGUACCUAGCACAAUGCUCAUGGGUCAGGUGGUGACCGCCUACCCUACUUUUGCUACACAACAGCAGCAGUCACAGACACUGUCAGUCACACAACAGCAGCAGCAGCAGAGCUCCCAGGAACAGCAGCUCGCUUCAGUUCAGCAACCGUCUCAGGCUCAGCUGACCCAACCACCGCAGCAGUUUUUACAGACUUCAAGGUUGCUCCACGGGAAUCCUUCAACUCAGCUUAUCCUCUCUGCUGCGUUUCCACUACAACAGAGCACUUUCCCUCAGUCGCAUCACCAGCAGCACCAGUCUCAGCAACAGCAGCAGCUGAGCCGGCACAGGACUGACAGUGUGACCGAUCCUUCCAAGGUUCCGCCACAGUAGCGCACACGCCUCCUCUCGGACCUCGGGGGAGGAAGGGCUUGUCCCAUAACAGUUGCUCAGAUGAUCUGAGGCUAGAAGGAAAAGUUCCAGCAGUUUCACAAGAUGCAGUAUUGAAUGUUGUAGUUUCUGGCAUUCGUUAGCAGGGAAAAUGCUGCCUAGUGCUACAGAUGUAUAUUAAAUACCAGCCAGCAGGAGAUGACCAUGGGGCCAUAGCCAAUUCUGACAGUGUUUUACUUGCCCAGUUAUUUUUUUGAUGGAAAGAGUAUAUUGCCAAAUGUUAAGAAGCUCAGCUAUGAAACAUGACCUCCAGUCAAUGAGAAAGGCACUAACAAUGUUAGUAACUUUUAGUGGUUCUGUGCCUGUUUUCGAGUGUUACAGAGGACACACCACUGUCAUGUCAGGGGUUGCUUACAAUGAUGCCAUGAAGGCAGUCCAGUAGACCCAGUAGGCCCCCUCUCCCCUUUCCCCUUUCCUCUCCCUUUUCAGAUAAUGAUUGGAUAGUAAUUAAUUUCAGAAUGUUGUGUGGUUCAAAUUCUCUAUGUACAGAUGCUGUAAAAAAAUUAUGUAUGUGUCUGGAUAAAAGGAGAGAAAGCAAAACAUUUUGUAAGCUGCAUGAAAGCAUUAUCUCCUCUUAGGUAUAUUUCCUUAGAUUCUGACACCAUGUGCAAACUAGUAGGUUCUCUGUUUCCCCUUAUGUUUACAACACAAUAGUGUUCUACUCACUUUUCCGGGGCACAAGGCUUUUUGUUCAUACUUUGGCUGUGAUGUCACAGUUUGUUCAGUGAGGUAUGAUGUGCUGCUGGGAAUGGAUAUUUUUUUCUAGGUUAAAUUAUUGAAACAACAGGAUUUUCAAGUUACUCAGAAAUAUCCCUCAUUUCAUUAAUUUUCAUUUAUGUUUGAAAAUAGGAUUUGCACUGCUUUAUUUUAGGUGGUUGGAAGUUUUGGUCACAUAUUUUGAUAUAGUUCAUAGUUGGAAAUAGUUGUGUAAACGGCUUUCAAUAAGCCUGAAAGUCAUUUCAAGAAUGUUCCAGUUAUAGGAGUAAAAUUUGCACACAAAAGAUUUUAGGCACUUUUUAACAUUCUCACUGGUGGGAAUUUUAACUUUUAGGAUUUGUUGGGAUCUUUUUAUUAUCCUUCACAAUUUCAAUGCUUCUUUUAGUCAGAAAUGAUUCAGGGUUAUUUGAGGGGAAAAAAAAACCCAUAGUGCCUUGAUUUUGAUUCAGGUGAUAACUCACCAUCUUGAACUCAUUGUCUGGUUUCAGUAGCAGUUUUGAAACCUUAGUACAUUUUUAACAGCAUGUGGGUGUCAGUGCCAUUAUGAUUCUCCUAAGUUCCCAUGAAGACUGCUUUGAGUCUCUUGGACUGGAGGUAGAAGUAACUUAGGAAUAAAAGGUGACAUCCUAACACUAUCAGUCACUGAUGUGAUCACACAACUGUUUUCCUAAAUCAACAUCUUCCUUCCAAGCUAAACAGACAGUUAAGAACUACCUGUAAAUAUUUUCUCAAUAGGAUCUUGAUAGUCCACAAAGAAAAAAGGAGUGGGAAUUGGCUUUGCCUUCACCAUAACACUAGAAUAUUGUAACUCACAUGCUUUCUAAACAUGCACUAAGAUUUCAUUUGGCAAUAUUAGAUUCUAAAGGUAAUAAAUUCCAACAUAAAUUACAUUUAAAAAGCAUUUUAUAGAUUUUUAUGGUACUAAUAAUUAAAUUUACAACUAUAGAGCAAAGGAAGAUUUAUGGAAAUACCGUAUUAGAAUAUCAAAGAUUAUUAUUGCAAAAAGGGAGAAUAGCAAGCUGUAAUGAAUCAAAAUUGAUCUUAAAAAGAGUAUGUAUAACAGAACUAUGGUUGUUAAACAGAAAAAGGUUUUGAGCAAUGAAAAUAACCUACUACAGAAUUGCUCUUAAGCUCAGUUCUUAAGACUUUCCUGUCCUCUACUUUGCUCUCCUCCCGAAGGGAUGUACUUUGUCUUUCUAUAGACAAUUGUACCUGGCCACACUUAAAUUAGGAAGUUAGAGUGAAAAAGAAAAUAACCAAAGAAAGUUGGUACCUACCCUUCUACAAAGGAAGUGUCACUAGAUACCAAUCAAUAAUUAACAUAUCAAGAAGCUCCUCUUCUAGCUAAAUGAUCUGGAUGAAGAGAUUUCUGACUUUCUCAUGAAUGUCAAGAAUAGUUGUCAGUGUGUGUGUGUGUAACUUGAGCAUAGGUGCACAUAGACGGAAUUGACAACAGUAGAAUAUGGCAACAGUAUUAAUUUUCUCCCCUUUCAAAUUGCCUUUCUCAACCUUAUCAUGCCAUUCCAUAUAUAUAUCUGAGUUGUGCCUCAUUUUUUUAUUGGCAAUAUCUAGUGGUAUGGAUCACAGAAGAUCUGAAGAACUGUUAUAUUAAGAUUUAUCCUCUAAAUACCAUAUUUACAAGGAAAGAUGGUCAACUGUGAGUACUGUGUACUUAGGUUAACGAAGGCAAAGCGUAAGGCAAGCCACAAGGCCAAUCUGUAGGUAGACUAUUCACAUUCUCAACAGUUCCUUCAAGUAUCUUCCAUCCUCAUAAAUAUUUGGAAAGGAGAGUUAGAUAAAAUGUUGUUUUAUAAUUCCUGUUGUUCCUCACAGCUCAUUUUCACCCUGCUUAGAAUGGAUUGCUGAAUAGAGAGGAACAGCUGGCUGCUUUCCCUCUGCUUGUCCGUACGAAGUCGAAGAGCUAGUAAGCACCAUCUGCUUCCGUUCCUUUUGUGCUUUCCUCCCGCUUUCCUUGCACUUGGGCCCAGAGCUGUCCCUACCCCUCCCGCCCCCUGCCAUCAUUGAGACUUGAGUGUUCUGGUGAAGACUCGGCCUUCGCCUGUUCUUCAUGUCUGUAGCCAAAGUUGUUCCUUAAAAUCCCAAAUCUGUGUAAUGAAGAAAUACCAAAUAGAGACACUUUGCAGCUACUUAAAAGUCCUUCCCUUCCCUCCGCUUUACUCUCAUGGAGAUUAGUUUUUUCCUGAAAAUAAUUUUAUUCUGAGUGGCACUUUUUAGGUAAGAAAUUCUCUUGAAGCAAUGGGAAAAGGUCUGCUGCUCUGCCGUCACCCUGCUUUGGACGGCUGUGGCACUGCUGUCAUGUUGUUCAGCAACUCGAGUGAGGACUGCGAGGAUCAAAGUGCUGCUAAGAGUGGUGUCAAACCUAGACACUCAAAAGUUACUCCGGUUUUGGGGUAGAAUGUAUUGGACAAAAAGCAAAUAGGAGGGAUGGGGAUUGCACAAGAGCAAAUACCACCGUUCAGUCUCUGAACUGUGUCCUAAGCUGAGGGGGUGAUUUGAGCCCCGUGCUCUGCAUUGUCACUUAAAUCUGGUUCAGGAAUGUACUAGAAAUAAAAGGAUGCCAGUGACUGAACAGUUGUAUGUUAUAGAAUCCUCAGUGCAGAAUAGUGAAAAUGCUGUUUUUGGUUUCAGAAGUGCUAGAGUCUUCUGGUCAUUGCCUUAAAGCUGUUUGCUUGCAGUUAGUUCAGGGCACGGAGGGACGCAGCUCAGUGCAGGGCAUCGUGCUAGAGGGAGAGGAGUCUGUUCAAGAAGCCUUAGGAAGGGGCCCUUUAAAAUAGUACUUUCUCUGGCUCCACACAGGUGAAAUUAUUGUAAACUGGAUAUUACUCGAUUUGUUUUCUGAUGUUUCCACUACAGUGAGGUAAACCUUUUAUUUAAAGUGGAAUGCAAAUAGCAUUUUACUCUAGUAUUGCUCAUUUCUACCUUUUUUUCCUCUAUUUCUUUGAUGAUUGAAAGUUUGUUGGUGAACAUUUGUGUAAAACUCAUUCAAGUCUAUAACCUCUCCAAUAUCUGUGACCCUACUACUCUUAGUCCUUGGGAGUCAGUGUUGGAAGGUAUAAACACUGGAUAUUACUAUUGCUGAGUGAGUCUAGCCAGGAGUAAGUGGAUUGGAAUUUUCAAAUAGUGGAAAAGAAAGAGCACAAAGGCACUUGCCAUUUUAAUAGUGAUUAGAAAAAGAGACCCUUUUAAGUUUGUUUGGGUUGGGUGAGCAUUCCUCUGAAAGGAGCUUCUGAAAUAAAUGCAAAGGAAAAGAGUCGACUAUUUUUAUAGCAUAUUUAAUAUAUUUGUAUAUAACUAUGAAUAUAGUAGGAACCCUCCACAUGCCUCCCACUUUUCUAAUUUACUCCCCCUUUUGCCAUAGCACUAGCAUAGCCUCAUCCGCAUGGGUAACGUGCCUAUCGUCAGCCUACCAAAAGAUAGUGCUGCUGCUUUCUGAGACAGGUGAGAGGACCCAACUCUCAUGCCCGGGGAUCCUUUCUGUAGGAAUAGCACACACUCUUCAAACAACAUACCACAGUCUGAAAGCAUCAUUUUGAAAUGUAACAAGCACUUUAUUGCAACUAUUCAUUUUGAUAAAGUUUAUUAUCUUAGGCAUUACCAUUUCUAAAGGAUCCCCAAAUCAUCACUUAGGUGAAAUUUUAAAAUGACACAUUUCUGAGAAAUGUUUAGAUCCAGUGAACCGUAGCAGGUUUAUGGGAGUGAUUUCAAGGUAGCCAAAUGAAUUUUGACUUUGGUUUUGAAUGUGGUGGAGUCAGGAGAUAGUAUAUGCCUAGUUCCAUUUCGACACUAUUGUAAACCUAUCUUGCCUAUUGUGUGGACACCAAAAGAGACCAAUGAGCCUGUUUAUUUUCAGAGGUCUAGGAAAAUUGCAACAGUGUGAAUAGAUGUGUAGAACUAACCUAAAAGUGAUUGGUAGUAAUAUUUUAGAAUACAAUACUUUCACGAAUUAUUCUGGGUGUUUUAAAUGUGCUCUGAAAUGUUGGCAUGUCAUUUCAGUGUUUCCAUUUGAAUUGCUCUUGUAAUAUUUUUGCACAAAAAGGACUGAGAAAAAAGACUACUUCGGUUGAAGAAAAGUAUAAUUUGGUCUUAUUUUUAAAAUGUCCCCUGUGGAAACUGUGGGGAUGAAUUUCGUUGGUAUAGUUAUUAAUUCAGGAUAUUUAAAACAGUAUUGAACAGCUCACAAGAAAUUAAGCCAACGUGGACAUUUAAAAAUUAAAACUUUCUUUCCAUGUGACUGUUUUUGCAUAUUUUUCCCCUUGUCGUAAUUUAACACUACAUUCCUUGUUUUUCGUAAAUAAAAUAAUACUUUGCAGGUUCUGCUUUGAGUAUUUAACAAUAUUUUGUAAGUUGCCUGGGUUUUCCUAGGGAAACAGUCUUUAGUGAAAUAGGAUAUAGUUUAUGAAGAGACUGUUUUAAGUGGAAUUCCAUCACCACCACCAGCAAACACUGAGGUGCUGCAUUAAGUGACAAUCAAAAUAGUGAGUAUUUAUGGAAGAAUUUAGAAAGUGAUUUUUAAAGACGCAAUUGCUUUGAAAGCAGUUCUCUGGGUUUCUUGAAUGAAAAUGGCUAAAUGUAUUUAUUUAUAUUUUAAAAUAUCUUCGUGUUGUUUUCUCAUCAAAGUGAUUUCACAUUGUCAUGUAUUUAAUUUGUGGUUUGUUUUGUUUGCUUUGUAAUCUUUUAAAGAACUGACUCUUCUUAUCUGGGGCUCAGUCUCUAGCCUUCAUGAGGACUCUCCCUGGGCCAAUCCAAAUCUGUUUUACUUCGGGACGGCAGUGGAGGGACAAAGCCAGAUGGUCCUUGCACUUCCUUCCUGUUCUCAAUUAAAUUAAUAAUGAAAAAAUAAAGGUAACUCCUUCCAAAUCUGCUUUGUAUAGCUCCAGCCUUUUUCUAGUUUCACUUGCUGCCUUUUCUAUUUUAUGGGUACUUUUUAUAUGACCGCUUCCCCAACGCAGCCAAAGGCCAGUAUGACGGAACUGAUGGCACACAUCACCUCUGUUUUGCCCAUUUGGGAAAAUGUUUGUAAGACGAUCAGCAUCUUCUAAUGGCCGUCACUAUCAUGUCCGUACAAAAAUCCAUUUAAAGUCCUUAAAUAUAGGUGGAACAAUGUAUGUGCACUGUACUCUCUACAAAAAAUGUUUGCUGUCUUUAUAUAGCAUACUGUUACACGCUAGCUAUACGGUUUGCUUGGUCCUUUAAGAACAAAAGUCCUCCAUACACAGCACUGUCCACUACAGUAGUGUCUGACCGUUCAAAGCCUAGAAAUUUGAGGAUACUCCUUUACCUAGUAUGUGUUGGAACAGAAUUCUCCACGCCAGGGCUCCCCGAGCAGCUCCUGAAUCUCACAGGCCAGGUACAGGGCAUACUGUCUAGCUGUUGGAACGAACCCCUUAGAGAAUGGUAAUUAAAGCACGUCAACCACAAGUUGGAUUUAGUAUUGUAAAAAAUGUUGAACUCUGAGGGUUACAUUGAAAAUGUGAUUUUUCAAAUGUAUGCUUUUAAAUUUUUGAGGAAACAAACUGUGACAUCGCUUUAAAAAUGACAUUCAAAUGUUUUAUGUGUGUUUUGAGUUGGUCUGUAACUGGUGCAAAUUCACUGCUGGCAAGGGUUGUGCCAGUACUCGAGUUAAAAUGGAAGGAAAACUCUAUUAUGCUUAGACAGAUGUGUUCUAUGUAACUAGACAAUCAUCAUGAAGCAAAAAAAGUUGGCCAGGAAAUGUCCUUUGGUUUUGUUUUUUCUUUUUUUCAUGUCAGCCAGAACAGCUGUAAUUCUCAGACCAUUCUAGAAUUAUUUUGAGAUCUAUUUUACUAUGGCGUAAGUUGGGGAAGGGCCUCGGUAUGGCACUCGCACAUUCACUCUAUGUAGAGAUUGAAGCCCAAAGAUGAGUCACAUUCAGUGCUGUACUGAAACCAGUUAGUGCAAAAAAAAAGUUUUAUCUUUGUAAAUUUUUGUUAACAUCAGUUAGUGGCUGUAAAAACAUACACCAAACUCUUUCUAAUGUUCUGUGUGGUUCUUGGUGUGCUACUCUUGACAUUUCUGUCCUUACUGCUUGGUUCUUGGUUUUAAAUAAAAAUUAGAUGUAGCCCAUUGUUCUUAACUUCCAGAAGAGUAGAGUUAUAAGUGGCUAGCCGAUCUUAAGAAUACCUACACUUUUCCUAAAGCAAACAUUUAACUGAAAUCCAAAUUGAUUUACAAAAAUGAGACUGACAUUUCCUAGGUAGGUAUUGUCUUCUGCCCAAAUCCUAAAUUGCACAGAAGCAAGAAGGGAUAGCGAAUGGUUUCAAUGGUGCUACAUUAGGUUUUCUGAUUUUCAUGAGCUGUGUUUAGAAAUACAAUAUUAUAUAUAAUGUGGAUCAUUUUGUUACCAACUUAAUGUUGAUUGCCAUUUCAAUUUGGUGUUACAAUUGGUUACACUUGUUUUUCAGAGCUGUCCUUUGAGAAGAGGUAAAAUGUUUUUAUUAGCCUACCUCCACUCAGGCCUCUUGGUGUAUGAUCAUUUCUCCAGGUUAUGAUGUGCAUAGUUUUUUAAAACCACAUGUACUAUUAUUAUAAUGCUUUCCCAUAGACUUUUGUAAUGUAUUCAGAACCUAAAAUCCUAGCAAAAGAGCCAAGCAGUAGCAUUGGUUGUUUUUUUGUUGUUUGUUUUUCUUUUGGUAAAUGUAAAAAUAAUUAGAUCCAGACUUUGUUUCCUUAUUCAAUUUUAAAAAUAAAAAAUACCUCAGUGCUGUUUUUCAGUAUCACCUGCAUUUCUCAAAAAAUAACACCCGCUUUAUGUGGCACAUAACUUGUAAGAAUCACAUUAUUUUGGAUUUUAAAGGAAGACUAUUAAAUAUUUUAAAAUCAA